AUGAGAAGAAGAAGUCUCCGUCUUUGCAACAAGAGGAAAACCGAUGUUGUCCCCUUGGAUCUACAGAACGAGAUUCUUAGCCGGUUGCCAGCAAAAUCCCUAGUUAGGUUUAUGGUCGUAUCCAACUCAUGGCAAGAAAUCAUCCGCAGCAAGAGUUUCAUCAGAUCAUUUAACUUUCGAUCAUUGACUCAGCCCCAGCCUUUACGUUUCCUACUCGCUUUACACGAUACAGAUCUAAGUUGCCGCUUCUUCUCUUCAUCUUCUUCGCUAUUGUCGUCAUCAACAUCAAUAUCAACCACUUUUCUAUCCAAAAUAACAUUUCCUCUCCGACGUGCCUCGUACCCUAGUUAUUACGUUAAUGGUCUGAUCAACAUGGAUGGGUUUGUGUACUACAUAGCGUACACGGGCGCAGGAACGAUGAGCCUGAUGAGAUUCGAUCUGAACUCUGAGAAGAUUGAUAUAUUUGCUAGAGUAUCUGAGGAAAUGAAAGCUUUGCGUUACCUUGACAAUGGUUCUAGAACUUUGAUAAACUACCAUGGCAAAGUAGCCAUAGCCAUUCAUACGUAUCAAGGGCUAUCUACGAUUGAUUUGUUUGUUUUCGAAGCAGGGAAACAGGAUUACAAUUUACAAAGAGAAGUCUUUCGAUAA